AUGGAGCCUGACGACCACGAACCACCCUCAUCCUCCUCCUUUGCCUCCUCCGACGUGUGUUGCCUCCCCUCGCCCUCCUCCCUCAAGUCCACGGCUACAUCGAGCCGCAAAGUCUCGCCGCCGCCCGAGCUCAAGUGCGAGACCAAACAACCCCCUGCGCCCGAGUCCCCUGCGCCCCCGAGUUUUGGAACAGAUCAUCUUCGACUCCCAGAAGCCCUCGCCGACUUCAAGCGUAAAGCUGAUGCUGGUGGUGCUGCCACGUUCCGAAGAUUCGACUACGACCCUCGAAACGGCCGCAUAGCUACCCGAAGGCCUGGACUAGUGCACGAAUACUUUAUUGAGGAGUUCGUAUAUCACCUGCGACUUCAAUUGAGGAGCCUAGGACUUCAACAUCAGAAGACCAUUACUGGGGACUUCAUAAAUAAGAUCCGUAGCAAAGGUUCUGCUGAUAUAGGGUUGAUCACAACAGACUCAUCAGAUGUGCCACAUGCGAAACGCCUUACGCGUUCCCCAGAUGCUUCAUUUGUACACAAAGAUGCAGGUCUAUCUGGUGUCGUCGUCGAGGUAGCAUACUCUCAGGAUGGCAAAAAGCUGCCCGGGCUGGCCAGGGAUUACCUUCUUCACUCAUACGGAAAGAUUAAAGCUGUGAUUGGCUUUGAUAUAAAUCGGGAAAACAAGCCAUGCUCCGUUUCGGUCUACAGGGUUCUCAAGACUCCAAGCGAUAAUGGCCGAAUCAAGUUAGGAGUUGAAGCAGUGGUGCAUGAAAGCGUAAGUUCCCUCACCCUCCUGCCAGACAUGAUCUCGCUAUUACAGGCUUUCCGCAACUCCGAUAAUACUCCAGCCAGUGGUGAACUGACACUGCGACUUCACGACUUUGCCGAUGACAAACGCUGUGAAGGCGUUAAUGACUUGCACGUCUCGAUCCCGUAUAGUGAACUCUGUAUUAUCUUGGGCGAAGCCGAAGAUAUGGUUCCACUGGCAAAAAUUGACUCGGAGGAGAAGAAGAUUUUCGACUUGGAAUCAUCGCCAUCUAAGCCUGACGAAGACCUAUAUCCUGAGGAUAAGACUUAG